UUUCAGCCUGCUGAACACAAAGAAGUAUUGAAUGUAUUUCUGGCUGUCGUACCUAAAGAUAAUGACAGAGUAAGAUGACCCCUCGCGGUAUUUAAACUUAAACUGAAUUAAAAUUGCCAAGUUUAAAGAUUUGUAAAACAGGAAUAAAUGAAGUAAACUGAUGCGACAUGUGCAACCGCACGUGGACUUAACGUUUUGGAUUACGAUGGUUGUAUAAUUUCCUGUAAAGAUCAUGGCCACUCCGUUGUAUGAUCCUAAACUAUCAGGAGCCAAAUUCAAGAAUUGGAUUAAGGCUGGAUUAGGUGUGUUAUUUACCAAAGAAGGUAUUGAGCCUUUUGUUUAUGAUGAAAUAAAACAGUUUCAGCAGAAAUGUUUGAGCGACAUUUGCAACAACAAUGGACUACCUGCUGGUACCACCUGUUCUAGUUGUUGCACAGAAAAUGUUAUUGUUUGCCCCACGAAUAGGAUUUGUAAUGCAAGACGUGGAAUAUGUAACUUCCAUAGAAAUUCCGCUACGCAAUAUCUCCCGUCUGGCUGCCCUAACAAGAUAUGUCAUAAUUUUAAAAACGAGAUCCAGCAUGCACAUCGAUAUUAUGGUCCGUCCUAUAAAAACACUGAUGCUACCCAAUGGUGUAGCAACCCAUGGGAGGUUGCUAAAUGUUUUAUGCCACCAGACGGAUACAAGGAUGCGACGAAAUCUGCAGACACAGAUUUCAAUGGGAUCAUCAGUGUUAUCCUGAACUAUGGAGCAUUUCAGUCGAAAAUUUCCAACAAGAACAAUAUCUUUGAACAGGGUAGAGAGGUAGGCAAAGAAGUUCGGCAUUGCCCACAGUUAGAGAUGGAAGAUACAGAUCUGCAACACUGUUUUAGUGUCUUACAGAAUUUGCUGUCAGAUCCUGCAUAUCUGUCUGCUAAUACCGAUGCACAGAAUGCUAAAACGAAAUUAUUACAGCUUCAAAAUGAUACCCUAGUCAUUGGUAAAGACGAUGUCCGGAAAGUGCUGGAUGAUGUUGGUAAAGUAGUUCAAGAGGAAAUAAUGACUGCAAAAGAAGAUUACAUGAAGAAUGCUAAAAGGAAAACGUUACAACUUAUUAAACUCACAAAAACAAAUGUCAGUGCAAUUGACAGACAUGGGAAAACGUCAAUGUCUCAGUUAGAGAAAGCCUACAAAUCUGCAAUGGAUGAAAUAGAAAAGCAAGCAAAGAAAUCGAUUGAAGACGUCCAGGCUGAAGGAAAAAAACAAAAAGAAGAUAUAGUUGCAGAAGGACAUACUGUGAAGAGACAGUUAGUAGAUGUGGCUGAUCAAGAAGUAAAAAGGUUGAAAACAGAGGCCACGGCUGGAAUUAAUACGAUGGAAGCGGAAGCCAAUACUCAUGUGAAAACAAUUGCAUCAGAAGGAGAAAAACAAGAAGAAGAUAUAGUGGCAGAAGGACAUACUGUUAAGGGAAAGUUAGUAGAUGUGGCUGAUCAAGAAGUUAAAAGGUUGAAAACAGAGGCCACUGCUGGAAUUAAUACGAUGGAAGCGGAAGCCAAUACUCAUGUGAAAACAAUUGCAUCAGAAGGAGAAAAACAAGAAGAAAAUAUAGUGGCAGAAGGACAUACUGUUAAGGGAAAGUUAGUAGAUGUGGCUGAUCAAGAAGUUAAAAGGUUGAAAACAGAGGCCACUGCUGGAAUUAAUACGAUGGAAGCGGAAGCCAAUACUCAUGCGAAAGCAAUUGCAUCAAAAGCUGGUGAAGUUGCAGAACAAAUAGCUGGAGCAAGAGAUGAAGUAUUAGAGCAGAUUGAGAAGACAAAAACAGAAAGCAAAGAAGAUUUAUACAACAAAUUGAAGAAUGACCUGAAGGAAGAUUUGAUAGAUCUCUACAGGAAAAUGCACCAUACCCUACCUAUGUCACCUUUAAUGGAAGAAAAUGACACGCCUCUCCUUAAGUUUUACGUCAUGCCAGACAUAGAGUCAGUGGAAAUUCAGAGGGCGCGUGGAGGUGGCAAAGAAAUUAGAUCAAAGGUUACGUCAUUGCAUGAUGUGUUCUAUAAGAAAAAUGAACCAUGUCAUGAAAUUUACCUUACUGCGGAUGCUGGGUUUGGGAAAACAGCAUUAAGUAAACGACUGGUUUUGACGUGGUGUCAAGCCAAAAAAUGUAUCCAAAAUGAAAAGAAAUACUUUAAAAAGGGAGAUAUUAGUACAAUGUCGAAAUUUGACUUUGUGUUUUUGUUGUCUUUACGUGAUUGUUCUGAAGAAUGGGACAUUGAUGAGUUGAUCAAAAAACAAAUAAUUAAUGAUCUAGCACACACUAUUUCGACUAGUGAUUUUGAAAACAUUCUUUCUAAGGAAAAAUGUCUAGUAAUUUUGGAUGGUUUGGACGAAUUCACACACGUAGCACCUGCCUGUAAACAAGGAAAAAGUGACAUUCCACACAGGAAAGCUAGGAGGAAAUGUACAAUUCUCACAACAACUAGACCGUGGAAGUUGGGCGUUAGUAAGAUACGUUCAAGUGAAUUAGAGCGAAAGUUGGAACUUAUUGGACUUAGUAAAACGUCUGCUAAAAGUUUAAAAAGGACUGUGAUCUCACUGUUAUGUGGUAAAACUGACAUAGAAAAUCACAUUCAAGACUUUGAUCGUGCUAUCAGUGAUAGAGGUAUUUCGGAUUUGGAAACUAUUCCGCUCUUACUGAUGUAUAUUUUGUGUUUGUGGUGUGAUGGAAUAGAGCUAGGAGCAUCUAGAACUGAGUUAUAUUGUCAAGUUGUUGACAUGCUUCUUAAACGAACGUUUGAAAAAUAUCCCGACAUACAGUCGCGCGAACAGUCCCAGGGUGAUAUCCCACAAUGCUUCAGUGAACAUAAACAUUGUAAGGAACACUACACAUUUCUGCAAGCUUUAGGACAAUUAGCAUUUGAAACGUUAUUCAGUGAAAACAAAGAAAGCACCCUUGUGUUUAGCCAGUCAGUGACAGAGAAAAAUCUAACCUCAGAGCGCUCAGAGUAUUUGGAAUUAAGUCUUAACUCGGGAAUAUUAACACAAAGCACAGAAAAGACACUAACAAAACAAAUCUCGAAAUUUUCGUUUUCGCACAAAACAGUGCACGAAUUUUUUUGUGCACUGUACAUUAGCUGUCAAAAUGAAAGUGAUGUCAAAAACAUUGUUCUAAACAAAUGCAAAAGUUUGCAGAGUAUUCUGGACAUGUCGACAGUGCUUAUUUUCAUCAGCGGAAUGGUGAAUACAGAAAUCAUUACUUCAGUAUCACAGGAAUUUCUUUCUGUUAUCAGUGAAGAUAAGAUAACGAGCGAAUACAGAUCCACGACUGAUUACAACCCUUUCGAGAAGCACCCUUUGAAAGACAUACAAGACAUGUACAUUUCUUGUAUGAAAGAAAACACGAGCGAUAAGGAACUCAAACUUUUCUGUCAAGAUUUUUUCUUUAGUGGAGAUUGUAAAGAAGAAAAAUACUUUUCAUAUUUAGCACAGCUCGCGGGGCACAAUAAAAACAACAUGGCGUCAAUAAAUAUCAACACAAACAGUGGUCGUAGUUUACGUGAAAUUAUUGAUUGUUGUGAAUUGCACGAACUGUUCCAGAUCAAUAAAAUAUACUACGACGGUAAAGGAGAAAACGCACAGCUUCCUGUACUGUUGGACAAGUCGCCGAAAUGUGUCACUGUUAUAUCGUCUUUUCCUGGUUCUUGGAGCCGUGAAAUGUUGGAAACAUUACAGAAUAAUUCUCUGUUACAAGCAAUUCAUAUCUGCAGUUUCAAGAUGAGUCACGAUGUACUGAAUGACUUUCUGAAUUAUAUUAUAAACAGAAAAACAAUGACGGAGAUUAGAUUGUGUCGCUUAGACUGUACCGAGCACGAGCGUUCGUGUACUUUCAGUUUAGAUUUUAGUCAGCAUUCAGAUCUAAGGAAGUUAGUAUUGGACUUUAUACCUAAAGUGUCACAAUUGAAAGUUAAUAGUCAAGUGAAACACGUGGAGUUGCGGCUUAUCAAUCUAGGUGAAAUGUCGCUGCCUCCUGAAAUGGCGAAUAUUGAAAGUGUUGUUUUGUGGGGUGUAAACAUGUCUGCUUCAACAUUGCGUGAUCUCGUUAAGGUAGUGGAGAAACUUUCACACAAAGUCACAGUAACAAUAUUCAAGUGUAAGAUAGAACCGAAAACAGAGUUUGAACACUUUAAACAAUAUAUACACUCAUCUCAGAAUUUCCGAGUUAUACCGCAGGUUUAUAGCUGGUGGUUUGUGUUUGAAACAAAAGUUGAAAGUGAUGUUACUAAAUAAACUCAGACAGAUAGUGUAAAUAUUUUGUAAACAUUCCAUUUAAAUAUGUUACACAUAUUGGACACAUGACAUAUGGCAUAUAUUUGUGUAUAUAAAUACACGCGUGUUAAAAUAGAUAUCGACAAAAAUUCUUGGAAGUGGAGGUAAAAAUGGAUGUUCCUAUAUACAAGGAUUU